AAGUCUCAAUAUUUAUUUAUUAUCCAUGUCGAUGUACACAUGCACAGUGAAAGAAAGCCGCCUCCAAUUCAAGUCUCUUUCUUCACAACAGAUGAGGGUAACGGUGUUCUCAAGGUUUAGGUUGUUGGGUUGGAAGCUUGUUGUCGUAUUUGUAAAAUUUCCCAAGAAAGGAAGUAGCUUGAGGUGUGUGCUUACGAAAUAGGAACAAGAUUAGCUACUUGGUUGGUUGUCCUUAUAUUUCUUUUGGUGUUUUUUCAUGGCUUAUACUUGUAGGAUUGGCGUGAUUGGGAUGCUUUUUUUAGUGUUUUCAAGGUUCGGCUACAUUGUUAGUCCUUAAAAUGUGUUGUGCAAAAUCAUAUUGCUUCUGGGCUUAAACUCAGAUACAUAUCACAGCCGCUGCGGCUGCAGUUUGAUGAAUUUGAUGAGAUGGGCUAUUCACUGAGUAGAUUGACCCUAGAAUCUGACCAUUUUGAUGAAGUUGGUAGCAGUCAAACAUCCGGCAAACUCUUGCAUAAUCUAGAGCAUGAAGUGGCCCAACUCACGAAGUUAAGGUCAGCACCCCAUGAGCGGCUCAACCAAAUUGGACCGGGGAAGCGGGACCUGCCCGUUUCCGUGGUCAAGAUGCUGGCUGGUCGAGAAGGUAAUUAUUCGGGAAGGGGAAGGUUCUCUUCUGCAGAUCGUUGUCAUGUUCUAAGUAGAUAUUUGCCAGUGAAGGGUCCUGGGCUUGUUGACCACAUGCCCAGCCGAGCAUAUGUCUCACAGUUUUCAGCAGAUGGAUCUCUUUUUAUUGCUGCGUUUCAGGAUAGCCAGAUUAGAAUAUACAAUGUGGAUAAAGGGUGGAAAAUACAGAAGAACAUUCAUGCGAAAACUAUGCGAUGGACCGUCACUGAUACGUCUCUUUCCCCAAAUCAACACCAUCUUGUUUAUGCGAGUAUGUCAUCUAUUGUUCAUAUGGUUAAUGCGGGAUCAUCUCAAACAGAGUCUCUUGCAAAUGUAACGGAGAUCCAUGAAGGUUUGGAUUUUUCCUCGGGUGAUGAUGGAGGGUACUCGUUUGGUAUUUUCUCCAUAAAAUUCUCAACAGAUGGACACGAACUUGUUGCUGGAAGUAGUGAUGACUCCAUAUAUGUUUAUGAUCUUGAAGCCAAUAAACCCUCCCUUCGAAUUUUGGCACACACGUCUGAUGUGAACACCGUAUGUUUUGCCGAUGAAAGUGGCCAUCUUAUUUAUUCUGGAAGUGAUGAUACUCUCUGUAAGGUGUGGGACAGACGUUGUUUUAAAGCUACGGGGAGGCCAGCAGGAGUCUUGACGGGACACCUAGAAGGUAUUACAUUCAUUGACAGCAAGGGAGAUGGUCGUUAUUUCAUUUCAAAUGGUAAAGAUCAGGCCAUUAAACUUUGGGAUAUUAGGAGAAUGACUUCUAAGGCCACCUGCAUUCCAGGGCAAAGGAGUUCUGAAUGGGAUUACAGAUGGAUGGACUACCCACCACAGGCCAAAGAUAUCAAACAUCCAUCUGAUCAAUCAAUAGCUACAUAUAGAGGUCAUUCAGUCUUGCGUACGCUUAUUCGCUGCUACUUUUCCCCCGCAUAUAGCACUGGACAAAAGUACAUCUACACUGGAUCACAUGAUUCUGGCGUUUAUAUAUACGAUUUGGUAAGUGGAGCCCGAGUCGCGACACUCAAGUAUCAUAAAGCACCUGUAAGAGAUUGUAGUUGGCACCCCUAUUACCCAAUGCUCGUGAGUUCUUCUUGGGAUGGGGCUGUUGUUAGAUGGGAGUUCCCAGGGAAAGGAGAAGCACCAGCACCAGCACCUUGCAGCAGAAACAGAAUCUGGAGGAGACAUUUUUCUUGAACUCACGAGUGAUAUUGCAGUCAAGACACAGUUUUGUUCAGGACACAAUAAUCUGGCGAAUGUAUGAUGAUUCCUCAAGUUGUACCAACACCAAUGAAAUAAGCCCCGCCCCUUCUUUUGUAAUAAGCAUACGCACAAAAUUCAGUUGUAAAUAAAUAACCAAGUAUGUGUUAAUUUUGAUCUUGCAAAACAUCCUAUUUGUGUA